AUGGCCAAGAAUGAUGAUGUGAUUCGGAGCCAAGCAACAUCCUUGAGGAACCUAGAGAUUCAAUUAGGGAAGCUAGCUAAUGAGCUAAGGAAUAGACCACAAGGCACUCUGCCUAGUGAUACCGAAAACCCAAGGAAAGAUGGUAAGGAGAAUUGCAAGGCGGUUACCUUGAGGAGAGGUAAAAAUCUAGAAUUGACUGAGGAGAAUUGUAAGAGAAACAGUGAGCCCACUUCAAUCCAAAGUAGUGUGGACAAGGGAGACAAAGCUGUGAAUUCAAAAUUUUCAAAUGUUGAUCCUGAAGCAAUUGCUACAGCAAUUUCUCAGCAAAAUGCUACAAAGAAGCCUAUGAACAAGCCAGCUCCACCAUUUCCUCAACGCUUUCAAAAGCAGCAAAAAGAUGCGGAUAGAGAUGUUCCUAUUAUCUUGUGUAGGCCAUUUCUACCUACCAGGAGGACCUUGAUUGAUGUACAAAAAUGGGAGCUUACUAUGAGGGUGAAUGACCAACAAGUGACUUUCAAUGAAGCUUUUAAAGAUGGAGUGGGGGUGAGUUCACUUGAAGAGCUUGAAGACUUAAGUGAAGAGGAAGAAAGCCAAGUUACAUGGGUGGAGUCAAAGCAGCCCUUUGCUAAAUUUAGGAGGCCUUUUGAGUCAUUGAACUUGUCGGAAGGGAAUUUUAAGCCUCCUAAGCCCUUUAUUCAAGAGCCACCAAAAGUAGAGUUGAAGCCUUUACCUAGUCACUUGAAGUAUGUUUAUUUGAGAGAUAAUGAGACCUUGCAAUUGAUUGUUUCAGCCAUGUUAGGAGCUGAAAAAGAGAGUUUAUUACUAGCUGUUUUGAAGAAAUAUACAAGGGCCAUUGGUUGGACCAUGGCGGAUAUCAAGCGUAUAAGUCCCUCAUUUUGUAUGCAUAAAAUUCUGUUGGAGGAUCGCUAUAGUUCUUGGGUCAGCCCGAUUCAGUGUGUUCCUAAGAAAGGUGGAGUCACGGUGGUGGCUAAUGAAAAUAAUGAGUUGAUUCCCACAAGACAAGUGACGGGGUGGCGUGUUUGUAUGGACUAUCGGAAGCUGAAUAAGGCUACUUGGGAAGACCACUUCCCGCUGCCAUUCAUUGAUCAAAUGCUUGAUCAGUUGGGGGGAAAGGAUUUUUAUUGUUUCCUUGAUAGGUAUUCAGGCUAUAAUCAGAUUUCCAUCGCGCCAGAAGACCUAGAGAAGACUACCUUUACUUGUCCUUAUGGCACCUUUUCCUUUAGAAGGAUGCCAUUUGGGUUGUGCAAUGCUCCCGCCACUUUCCAACAUUGUAUGAUGGCGAUAUUUUCAAAUAUGGUGGAAAAGUCUCUUGAAGUCUUCAUGGAUUAUUUUUCAUUAUUUGGAGAGUCCUUUGACACUUGUUUGGCUAACUUGGAGCAAGUCUUGGCUAGAUGUGAAUAA